AUGGGAGACACAUCACACGCAUCAUACCGGGAAGCACCGUGGGGCGCAGUGGUGAAGGGGCUGGCUGGAAUCAUCCGCUGCCGCCCUGCGUAUUUGACGUGGGGGCGAGUUCAUCAUCCUAACGUAGCUAGUCUGGCUCUGGGGCUGACAUGCUGGCCCGGCUACAGGCUAAGGGGCACUAGGUGCCCUGAAAGUAGAGAAGAGGGCUGGCCUAGGAGUCCCCGAGUGGGCAGGGGCUAUGGUUUCUCCCCAUACCGGGGCGUGUGGAAGGCCCACUGGACUGCCUCGUGUCCCCCGCCCCCCCAGGUCCGGCACCUCCUCCAGCAGCUCAAGGGCCGGGUGGCCCGGGAGACCAUUCAGAAGCUGCAUCCAGGUGGCCUGCUGGGUCGACAGCGGCAGCCCCCAGCGCCCAUCGAGGUAUGGACAGAGCUUGCUGAGAAGGUGACCGGCCCACUGGAGGACGCCCUGACCGCUGCCUUCUCCCAGGUGCUCACCAUCGCAGCCACCGAGCCCCUGAGCCUCCUGCACUCUCGACCUCCGAAGCCCACUCGGGCCCGUGGGAAGCUGCUGCUGAGCACCUCAGAUGGACUGGAGGCGUCCAACCCUGAGGGCCCUGCCACCUCCAAGGCCCCCACUGAGUCCCCAGCUGGCCCCUCCUCUAAGGAAGACUUCCCUGUGGACUUUGAGAAGAUCUACAAGUACCUGGCAUCCUUCUCCCGAAGCGGCCCAGGACCGGAGCUCUCUGCAGCUGAGUCAGCUGUGGUCCUGGACCUACUCCUGUCGCUGCCCGAGGAGCUGGCCCGCCUGCCCUGCACAGCACUGGCCGAACACAUGACAGAAGCUUACCUGCGCCUGACGGCCCCCCAGCCCAGCCCAGCUCAGGGCAGCCCGGAAUCCAGGACUGAGGAUGGGAGUACUGGCUCCAGAGGACACGAGGUGCCCAGCCAGGCCAUUCCCCAGACCCCCGAGUGUGCUGGGCCCGGUGAAUCGAGGUCGGCCUGGCAAGCAGCUGGGGUCUGCCCCCUGAACCCUUUCCUGGUGCCCCUGGAACUUCUGGGCCAGGUGGCCACUCCUGCCACAUGAGGAUCCUGGCCUGCAGGGGCCACACCUGGACAGCAUGCUCCCUUCUGGCAGGGGUCAGCACCUGGGGCUUAGGAACCCAUUGUGAUGGAGGGUCCUGAACUCAGUGCCCAGCCCAGUGUGGCCUGGAGGCCUCAGGAGCCAGGCACAGUUGGGGGAGGACACAACCAAGGGGGGUAGAGGUGAGGGUGGGGCAGGUGCACGUGCACGGAGAACCCAGGCUACAGGACAGAAUGACUGAAGGCCGGCUUUCCCUGCUGCCAAGCCCCUGUGGGCCUCCUUCCUGGCCAGAGGCGCCAAGGGCUGGCACCUCACACAGCCAACCCCCCACCGGCCACCUCUGUCCCAGUCCUUCCUCAACUUCUUCUGUCCUUGCCCCCCUCAGACAAGUGCACCCCUGUUGUCCUGUGAAUAAAGUUCUGGUCGGUCA